AUGGCCGUCCUCCCACCCCUUGACAUCUCUGUGACAGUGGCCACUGUAGGCGAGUGUCUAUUGACAACCCAUGGGUCUCAUAUAUCACUGCGGCUAAAUGGGUUCCCGUGCAAGAGGACCGGACGCCUCCUUCUCCUCCGCGGCAACCCGGUCGGCUCCGCAGUGCCGGCGGCGAACGUGGAGAAGCUCCCGGGGCUCAACACGCUCGGCGUCUCCAUGUCCCGCGUGGACUACGCACCGUGGGGCGUGAACCCGCCGCACACCCACCCGUCGAGCUGCAGCCUGCGCCCUGCGCACCCGGCGCGCCGCCGCCGACCUGCGGAACGGGGGGCCCGAGCAGGAGGAGCCGAGGAGUAG